AGCCUGGCCCUGGGCACGACGGGGCAACUCUCCCAAAGACUGUGAACUGCUGGCUUUCUGCUAUUCCUCUGAAAAUGCAGCGCCUGUUGACUCCAGUGAGGCAGGUCUUGCGAGUGAAGAGAGCGAUGCAGGAAGCUUCCUUCAUGCCGCCUCUCCUGCCUCCAGCAGCCCACCAAAGGUUUUCUACAGUCCCUGCCGUCCCCGUGGCCAAAGCGGAUACUUGGCCAAAGGAUGUGGGCAUCCUUGCCCUGGAGGUCUAUUUCCCAGCCCAAUAUGUGGACCAAACAGACCUGGAGAAGUUUGACAAUGUGGAGGCAGGGAGGUACACAGUGGGCUUGGGCCAGACCCACAUGGGCUUCUGCUCCGUCCAGGAGGACAUCAACUCCCUGUGCCUGACGGUGGUGCAGCGGCUGAUGGAACGCACGCAGCUCCCAUGGGACUCUGUGGGCUGGCUGGAAGUGGGCACUGAGACCAUCAUUGACAAGUCCAAGUCUGUCAAAACCGUGCUCAUGGAGCUCUUCCAGGACUCAGGCAACACUGACAUCGAGGGCAUAGAUACCACCAAUGCCUGCUAUGGUGGCACAGCCUCCCUCUUCAACGCUGCCAACUGGGUGGAGUCCAGCGCCUGGGAUGGUCGCUAUGCGGUAGUGGUCUGUGGAGACAUCGCUGUCUACCCCAGGGGAAACUCCCGCCCCACAGGCGGGGCUGGAGCCGUGGCCAUGCUGGUUGGGCCUGAGGCCCCUCUGGCCUUGGAGAGAGGGCUUAGAGGAACCCACAUGGAGAAUGCGUAUGACUUCUACAAGCCAAAUGCCACUUCUGAGUACCCACUGGUGGAUGGGAAGCUCUCCAUCCAGUGCUACCUUCGGGCCCUGGACCGAUGCUACACAUUAUACCGUCAAAAGAUCGAGAAGCAGUGGAAGCAAGCUGGCAUCGAGCGACAUUUCACCCUCGACGAUUUACAGUUUAUGAUCUUCCACACACCCUUCUGCAAGUUGGUCCAGAAAUCCUUGGCUCGCCUGAUGUUCAGUGACUUCCUGUUGGCCGACAGCGACACCCAGUCCAGCCUCUACAAGGGGCUGGAGGCCUUCAGGGGACAAAAGCUGGAAGACACCUACGCAAAUAAAGACAUAGAAAAGGCAUUUCAAAAGGCCUCUCUGGACUUGUUCAACAAGAAAACCAAGCCCUCCCUCUACCUCUCCCUGCACAACGGGAAUAUGUACACCUCAUCCCUGUAUGGAUGCCUGGCCUCACUUCUGUCCCAGUGCUCUGCCCAAGACUUGGCUGGUUCCAGGAUUGGUGCCUUCUCUUAUGGCUCUGGCUUGGCAGCAAGUUUCUAUUCACUUCGAGUGUCCCAGGAUGCUUCUCCAGGCUCCCCCCUGGAGAAGCUGGUAUCCAGUGUGUCAGACCUGCCAGAACGUCUCGCCUCCCGGAAGCGUGUCUCCCCUGAGGAGUUCACGGAAAUAAUGAACCAAAGAGAACAAUACUACCACAAGGUGAAUUUCACACCACCUGGUGACCCAAACAGCCUUUUCCCAGGCCCCUGGUACCUGGAGCGAGUGGAUGAGCUGUAUCGCCGGAAGUAUGCCCGGCAUCUGGUCUAAAGAUACUUGGAGAGGUUCCUGGGGAACGUGUGCUACACAACUUCUGCCCUCCAUCGAUCAUAUACAACCCCCCACUUAACUGGUAAAUAAAUUGGAUUGGACACAGCAGCCCCCAUAUGCGCUGGUCCUGUAGAGGGAGGGGCCAUCCUCCGGAGUCCUUGGUGCCUUUCCCUGCCGCAGUCACUGUCAUGGGCUUGUGUUGCUGGAGGAGCUCUCUGUGAAAGAAAGAGAGGGAGGGAUGCAGGGAAGCUCAGCCUGGAAUCACAGGCCGGAGAAGAGGCAGAUCCUUUGUCUCCUUCCAGGGCCAGAUAACUUGCUUCUCAGCUGUUAUCGCUUUGUGGUUGUUAUUAUUAUUACAUUUCUGUGCUGUUAUUA